ACUCUAGCCACUGAACUCUAAAGAGUAUAGAGUUCACUGAUUUUGAUUUUAGCUCGUUGGACAAGAUAGAUCCACUAAUUUUGACUUUGAGGUUAUGAUUGUUAGAUUGUGUUUCUCGUAAUGAAAUAAGUAUAUUUAAUACAUUUUAUUAAAUAACAAAAUGUAUGAUUGAUAUCUUAAAUGUGUUAUUGAAUUAAUUCUGGUGUUGGUUUGUUAUAGUUUGAAAGAUAUUGAAUAUGUGGGCUGAUACAGUAUUGAUACUCUUCAUUUCCAUAUGCACAGCAUUGCUGGGUGAAGGUCUAACUUGGUUAAUGGUUUACCGUACAGAAAAGUAUCAGAAGCUGAAAUCGGAAGUAGAACGUCAGAGUAAGCGAUUGGAAAAAAGAAAAGAGGCUCAUGGAGAUUCAUUGGAUAAGCAGCACAAGAAGAAGAUUGAAAGAGAGGAAGAAAAGCUGAAAAACAACAACAGAGAUCUAUCUCUGGUGAAAAUGAAAUCCAUGUUUGCCAUCGGAUUCGCGUUUACAGCAUUACUCAGUAUGUUCAACAGCAUAUUUGACGGUCGUAUAGUUGCUCGUUUACCAUUUGUUCCAAUCUCCUGGCUUCAAGGCCUUUCACAUCGUAAUCUUCCUGGUGAUGACUAUACAGAAUGCUCAUUCAUCUUUUUGUACAUUCUUUGUACAAUGUCUAUUAGACAGAACAUCCAGAAGAUUUUGGGUUUCGCGCCAUCACGUACCGCAAGUAAACAAGGUGGUGGAAUAUUUGGACCUCCGCCUCAGCAAUUCAAAUGAUUGCAUUCGAAAAUGCAUUUUGUGUGAGCAUCAUUUCACAGAACCCCCCCCCCCCACAAAUGUUUGUUUGUACUGCAGUCAUAUCAGCUGUGUAUUGACAGCUUCCUGUAUUUAUUGUUUGUGUUAAUGUGAGUUGACGAGGGAUAUUACAAUAAGAUUGAAAACUUA